UGUACGUUACACUUAUACUCACAUCAGUGCCAGCGGGUACAUGUCGCAGAGCAAGCACGCCGAGGCCCGCGAGCUCAUGUGCUCCGGGGCGCUGCUCUUCUUCAGCCACGGCCAGCAAAACAGUGCCGCGGACCUGUCCAUGCUGGUCUUGGAGUCGCUGGAGAAGGCGGAUGUGGAGGUGGCCGAUGAGCUGCUGGAAAAUCUGGCUAAACUAUUUAGUCUGAUGGACCCGAACUCUCCGGAGCGAGUGGCCUUUGUGUCCAGGGCCCUGAAGUGGUCCAGCGGGGGCUCCGGGCGGCUGGGCCACCCCCGGCUGCACCAGCUGCUGGCCCUCACCCUGUGGAGAGAGCAGAACUACUGCGAGUCCCGGUACCACUUCCUGCACUCGGCCGACGGGGAGGGCUGCGCCAACAUGCUGGUGGAGUACUCCACGUCCCGCGGCUUCCGCAGCGAGGUGGACAUGUUCGUGGCCCAGGCCGUCCUGCAGCAGCUGUUUUUUGCAGGACGUGUGAUUAGCAGAUUGUUCCUCUGUUUAAAAAACAAAAGCAGUGCGUCCGUGGUGUUCACGACGUACACCCAGAAGCACCCGUCCAUCGAGGACGGCCCUCCGUUCGUGCAGCCGCUGCUCAACUUCAUCUGGUUCCUGCUGUUGGCCCUGGACGGGGGGAAGCUGACCGUGUUCACGGUGCUGUGUG